AUGCUAUUUGUCACAAACAAUGACACCGUCUAUGGAUUGGGUGCUAAUGGUUAUGGAUGUCUGGGUUUUAGUCAUGACAUGGAUGUAAAAACACCACAAAUUAUACGGGAAUUGUGUGGACAACGAAUCCAGCAGUUUAUCAAUGGCUGGGACUUUGUGUUGGCUAUGAAUGAGGACAACCAUGUGUUCUCAACCCCUGCGUUAGUAUCCCCUGUCACACGAUCUCUACACUGUGGUCUUCCCCAAAUAAAUUUUGGUCAACUAAUAACACAAUUAAAUGACAAGAAUAUCGCAUAUAUUUGUUGUGGUGUUUGGCAUUCCCUGGCGCUCACGACCGAUGGAAAGGUGUACGGGUGGGGCGACAAUACUUUGGGACAAAUAGGAUGUGGUUGGGGUCGUAAUAGUGACCAUCAAUGUGGACAUCAAUCACCAGAAGACAUUUUUAUCCCCAAAUUGAUUCCACAGAACGGUAGAUUUAUUAAGUUAUGUGAUUUUGGGUUGGCUGUCGAGCACCAGAAGUGGAAGUGAACUGGUUAAAUAUACAAACACUUCACUACACGAAAGCAUUAAAAAUAUACUAGGUGUUUUUAAUUCAAUGAUUAACUACGGGUC